GGUUUAAACCUGGAUAUGCUCAGCCAGGAGAAGGUGUUGGCUAUUAUGGGACCGAUUUCAGGCUGUGGAAAGUCAACUCUUCUCGAUGCAUUGGCCGGGAGGUUAACCUCAAAUGUAAAACAGAGUGGGAAAAUCCUAGUCAAUGGUCGUCAGGAGACCCUUGCCUUUGGAACAUCGGCAUACGUGACUCAAGACGACACUCUAAUGUCAACGUUAACAGUAAAAGAGGCUGUAUAUUACUCAGCACAGCUUCAACUACCAAAUUCCAUGUCAAAAUGUGAAAAGAAGGAAAGGGCUGAAACGACAAUAAGAGAAAUGGGUUUACAAGACUCAGUUAACACUAGAAUUGGAGGUUGGAGCUCAAAAGGCCUUAGUGGUGGACAAAAGAGAAGAGUUAGCAUUUGCAUUGAAAUCUUGACUCGCCCGAAGCUUCUGUUUCUUGAUGAGCCAACGAGUGGACUUGAUAGUGCAGCCUCUUAUCAUGUCUCUUAUCAUGUCAUGAACCGUAUUGUAAAAAUUGCUAAGCAAGAUGGAAAGACCGUUAUUGCAUCGAUCCAUCAACCUAGUACUGAGGUUUUUGAGCUAUUUCAUAAUCUUUGCUUGCUGUCUUCUGGUAGGACAGUCUAUUUUGGUCCCGUUACAAUGGCAGAACAGUUUUUCUCCUCAAAUGGCUUCCCUUGCCCUACUCUCAGGAAUCCAUCAGAUCACUACCUUAGGACCAUAAACAAGGACUUCGAUGUGGACAUUGAACAAGGGCCUGGCGGUUGCAGAAGCACAGAGGAUGUUAUUAAUACGCUUAUCAAGUCAUAUAAAUCAUCAGAGAUUUACCAGGAUGUUCAACACCAAGUGGCUUAUAUAUCGAAAAAGAAUGGAGAAAUAUUGGGGAAGAAAGGAAGCCAAGCAAGCUUCAUUACACAAUGCGUUGUUCUUACGAAGAGGUCCUUCAUUAACAUGUAUCGUGACUUAGGCUAUUAUUGGCUUCGCCUUGCAAUCUAUAUUGCACUGUGUCUAUGUGUAGGGACAAUCUUCCAUGAUAUAGGCUUCACAUAUGGUUCAAUUCAGGCUAGAGGCUCAAUGCUUAUGUUCGUUGCUGCAUUCUUGACUUUCAUGGCAAUUGGUGGAUUCCCUUCUUUUGUCGAAGAUAUGAAGGUAAUUCUCAUUUCUCCACCUCAAAUUUAAAUCCUGGCUU